UCGUCUUCUUCAGAUGCUAAUCGUUUUACUUUACAUCCCUUACACACCAGGAAAAAACUUUCCUCGACAAUGGUUGAGAAAAAAGAAGAACUCUUCCCGACAAUUGGUGCACUUGCAGAUCAAGCCGACAAAUUAUCUGAAAACUUGAACGGUGACAGUGAAGGUCAGACAACGGCGAACAACGACCAAGAUGCAGAUGAACGGCCCUUGCAAGAGAUAGAGUCGCUGUGUAUGAAAUGCGGUGAACAGGGUGUAACUCGAAUGAUGCUCACGUCGAUACCAUACUUCCGUGAAGUGAUUGUGAUGUCUUUUCGCUGUGAACACUGUGGUACGACGAACAACGAGAUACAGUCGGCAGGGACAAUUCGAUCCGAAGGAACGCUAUACACUGCCAAGAUCCUCGCUCGUUCAGAUCUUAACCGUCAAAUCGUUCGAGCUCCAACAUGUUCCAUUCAGAUACCUGAACUCGAACUUACCCUCCCCGCUACGUCUCAAGGACAACUCACCACUGUCGAAGGUCUCAUUCGAGACGUAGUAGCCGAUCUCGAAAUCGACCAACCGGUACGAAAGUAUCAAGAUCCCUCUACGCAUGGCAAGCUGCAGGUUUUGAUCGACAAGUUGAAAACGAUUCUAGGUGACGAGGAAGAAGAGGAAGACACAAAUGCAGAGUUGAAGACGGUACAGGUGGGGAAAGCAUCUCAGAAGGAACAUCUACAUAUGUCUGCGUUUACAGUGAAGUUGGACGAUCCUGCGGGGAAUUCGUGGAUUGAGUUUGUUGGGAGUAUGGCUGAUCCCAAGUGGAAUAUGCGGACGUAUUCUAGGAGUUUAGAGCAGAAUGUUGCGUUGGGGUUGGUUGCAGCACCUGAUGAAGCUGCAGGCGCAAGUCAAGGGAAAGUCAAAGUCUCUCUUGAUGGUAUCGAUGACGAUGACGACACUAUUGGGGGUGGUGCGGAGGGAACGAACGAAGAGAUAAUCGUCUUCCAUGGAACAUGUUCCAGUUGUGGGCACCCGCUUGAUACGUUGAUGAAGAAGAUCAACAUCCCCUAUUUCAAGGACGUUUUUAUCAUGUCUACCAAUUGCGAUAAAUGCGGGUAUAGGGAUAACGAAAUCAAGUCGGGUGCAGCUAUAUCGGACAAGGGCAAGAAAAUCACUCUCAAGGUUGAGGAUAAGGAUGAUAUGAGCCGAGAUAUCCUGAAGUCUGAAACUGCAGGGCUUAGCAUCCCGGAAAUCGACCUUGUUGUCACGCAUGGGACGCUAGGUGGGCGGUUUACGACUAUCGAAGGGAUUUUAGAGCAAGUGUAUGAGGAGUUGUCCGAGAAGGUAGUCAGAGGCGACGCGUCCGAGGCCCGCGAAAGAGAAAAGUUUGUGGAGUUCUUGGGGAAACUCAAAGAGGUCAAGUCGUGUGCCCAUCCAUUCACAGUCAUUCUCGAUGAUCCUUUGGCGAACUCUUAUAUCCAGAACCUCUAUGCUCCUGACCCUGAUCCAGCGAUGAUGAUCGAGACGUAUGAGAGAAGUUGGGAGCAGAACGAGGAACUUGGUCUGAAUGAUAUGAAGGUGGAAGGUUACGAAGAAGAUGCGAAUGAAUCGAAAAACGAGAAGAAAGAGGUAACACCGACUUCAUGACCAUCAUUUAUAAGCAAGAAUUUAGCCGCCAAAUUUAUGUACAUAAGAACUGAAGAAUAGGUGCCACCAUCGACAUCCACCACCCCACGAUUCUCGUAUCCCACGUUGACGGACACUGAAUAGUCCACUUCCAGCCAGCUGCAACCAUUGUGAUCCGU